GCUCCAUGAUGUCCUGCACAGUGACAAGAAGCUCACCCUGGUCUUUGAGUUCUGCGACCAGGACCUGAAGAAGUAUUUUGACAGCUGCAAUGGGGAUCUGGACCCAGAGAUCGUCAAGGUGUGUCCAGGGGUGCUCUUGAAGGGCCUCGCAUUCUGCCACAGCCGCAACGUCCUGCACCGAGACCUCAAACCCCAGAACCUGCUCAUAAACAGGAAUGGGGAGCUCAAACUGGCUGACUUUGGCCUGGCUCGAGCCUUCGGCUGUCACGCGGCAGAGGUCGUCACGCUGUGGUAUCGGCCCCCAGAUGUGCUCUUUGGCGCCAAGCUCUACUCCACUUCCAUCGAUAUGUGGUCAGCCGGCUGCAUCUUUGCAGAGCUGGCCAAUGCGGGGCGGCCCCUGUUCCCGGGGAACGAUGUGGAUGACCAGCUGAAAAGGAUUUUCCGGCUGCUGGGAACCCCCACAGAGGAGCAGUGGCCGGCCAUGGCCAAGCUGCCAGACUACAAGAACCUGUUGAAGUGCAACCCAGUGCAGCGGAUAUCAGCAGAGGAGGCUCUCCAGCACCCCUACUUCACAGACUUCUGUCCCCCAUAA